ACAUUUGAGCCUCGACACAUGAAUGUUAAACAGCCAGUCUACGCUGGAUAGAGCGUCUUUGACAAUAACUAAUGUGUGAACGCUGCCAUUAGGCUGGAUAGCUUAGGUUGCAUUACACGGAUGUUCGCGGUUCUUGGAUGUAGAUGAAAACUCGCUCGAAGUGUUCGGAAAGCAGCUUGAACCAGACGAAGGGCAACUCUUUAUUUAUUGACGAAUAAAAUGGAGGGUUUUGAAGGAGCCAGCAGCAGCGAGAGCGUUUUAGAUCUGUCCCGUUUGAAUCUGAACAACCAAAGUCUGGACUCGGUUAGCGAGAAACGACGGAAAGACACGAAACAGCUGUAUCUGUGUUACAACCGAAUGACGUUUCUGCCCGAAUCCAUUAGCUUGUUCUCUAACCUGGAGUUUCUCGACAUCAGUAACAACAUGCUGUCGGUCAUCUGCGAGGACAUUACCCGACUGACCAAGCUCAAAACACUCAUAGCCAAAAACAAUCGUUUAAAUGAGUUCUCUCUGCCCAAACACUUCGGCUCUAUGCAGCUGGAAGUAUUGAAUUUUAGUGGGAACAGGUUCGAGGAGAUGCCGACCCAGUGUUUGCAGCUGCUGCGGCUCCAGUCUCUGUCUCUUGGAGGAAACAGACUGAAGAGCAUCCCAGCAGAGAUCGAGAGUCUGACCAGCUUGGAGCUGUUGUAUUUGGGUGGUAACCAGAUCACCACCAUCCCUGCUGAACUAGCUAACUUACCUGGCCUUAGUUACUUGGUUCUGUGUGAUAAUCGCAUCCAGAGUGUCCCACCUCAACUAAACCGGCUCUAUUCUCUGCGUUCUCUUAGUUUGCACAAUAACCUGCUGACAUAUCUUCCGAGAGAGAUUCUAAGUCUAGUUCACCUUCAGGAGCUCAGUCUUCGAGGCAAUCCCUUGGUAGUACGCUUCGUCAAGGACAUGACCUAUGAUCCCCCAUCACUCCUGGAGCUGUCUGGCCGCACCAUCAAAAGCAAGAACCUUCCAUACUCUCAUAAAGACCUUCCAAGCCAUCUAGUCAUCUACCUAGAUACAGCCAGCAAGUGUCCCAACCCCAAGUGUGCAGGUGUUUACUUCGAUUCAUGCGUUCGUCACAUCAAGUUUGUGGAUUUCUGCGGGAAGUAUCGCCUUCCCUUGAUGCACUACCUGUGCUCCCCAGAAUGCACCUCUCCCUGCAGCUCCAACCCUCAAAGUGACGCUGACUCAGACGAUGACCACAGCGUGCCCGUCGAUCGCCUUCAAAGAGUCCUGCUGGGAUAACCUCGCUCACCCCGCACAUGCCGCUUUCUUUCUCACUCUCUCUCACAGUGUUAUCAGCAAGAACAUUGAACUUUAUCAGCCAGCUGGCUCGAAAAACCUCUCAGCUGAAGCCAAAUCUUAUUGCCAAGUGAUUGAGCAAGUGGAAUCCAGCAGCAUUCUGGGAAAGCAUAUCUUCAGAUAGUUUCCCUUACAAAGAAAGGCUUUGCCUUGAUCAAAAACACUGGUGGUUCAGAAUAGUUGUUUUAUAAAAUAGUUAUAUUAACUAAGUUGCCUUGGUCAUCAAUCUGUUUAGCUCUUGCACUUUCGUAAUACUUAGAGGACUCACUUUAGGUACAUGCCUAUAUUCUGAUCGACAGUAGAUUGCCAUGUCUCUCACAGGAGAACGCUAACAUUUCCUCAUUACGCACAAAGAUUUACUGUGAAUUAAUAACAAUUAAACUUUGAGAACUCUUGCUUUUUAGAUUUGUGAGAAGUUUAGACACAUUUUCUUGCAACACGAGACCUCACUGCUUAAGAGACUAUUUGCAGAAUUCAGAAACUAGUGACACCGCUGGCCAUUAUGUGAACAGUAGACAGCAACUUCUUGCUGGUGCUCAAAUUCUUACACACAUUAUCCAUAACCUCCGUUCACAUGGGGUUGUCGGUGUUAACUCUUCUUGCUUACUUUAGAGCGAAGUCAAGCAUUGCCGAACAUAAUUGUGGGUCUGUCGAAACAAGUUGGACUUGUUGCUUGCUGCAAAAUGUGAAGAACAUUCAAGUUUUCAAUGUCGAAUGCAGGGAUCAGCCAAUCUGAUCGCAAUUUUUAAAUACUAAUGCAGAUGCUAGCCAAUGAUGUUCGUCCAACACCAGCAAACAGUGUUAUAUCAAAAUGGAAAAAAAGCUUAUAACCUUGGUUGGUAAACACCCAGAGCUUCAUGCACUCUUUAUACACUACUACUAUUACUGCUACUACUACUUCUGUGCCUUUUUAAUGUCAUGGUCAAAGCUGCAUGUGAUUGGCUGUCGUCACUAUGAUGAUAAAGCUUUAGACAUGCUCUAAGUCAAGCGUUAACACCAAUAACCUCUGUGAAUGUGGUGUAAGAGACUUACCAUGAUUCAAUGCCGAUAUACUCAGGUGUCAAGACAAAGACCUUUUUCAUUCUUUGAUUAGAUAAAGAAGUUGGAAAUAAUACAAUUGCCAUUAUAUAUGUCAUAACCUAACCCUAACCAUGACAAACACUAUGAAGGGAAUGGCAAUAAAAGCAUUUCAUACACAAAAGUUCUUACAUAUAGUCCCUUUAAACAGUUACACAUCUUCACAAACAUUUCAGUUAAGCUUUGGUGUUUUGUUUUGAAUAUGCUGACACUAAACGGCUGCAUUCAAAAACUGGGGCAGCACUUGAUAUCUUGUGAUAAAACGUGACAAAGGUCAACAGUCACUUUGUUUCGAAGGUUAAUUGUUCUUUUAGCCCAUGUUCGCAACAAUAAAUGAAAAGGAAAAAUGAUAUUGUUACAAAGCCAGUGGACAAAUUCUUUAGUUUCCAUGUCUUUAAAAAAAUCCAAACACUUCAUGUUUUAUACUCACUUUCUCUUAGUUUCUUCACGUCUUACACUCUUAGGCUUAUCCAAUAUUGACUAUGCAGAUAAUUAAUGCAAUUAUUAUUUCAGAGUUUUAUAUCUAAUUCAUAUCUAAGGCUUUUAUACCAAGUAAACAUUUAUGAUAUUUUCUUUACAUCAUUGACAACAUAGAAUGUAUUUUAUUUAAUAUUAUGAUGACCAAUUUGGAUAACAUUCACUCCUCUAAUGGUUUAUAAACAUGUCUUUGCACUUCUUAUGUAGUG